AUGGUCAUCGAAAUCAGUCUGGCUCCUAUGCUAAAGAUAACAACACCAUAUUUCAGAAUGUUGAUCAGAAAGACAUCUCCCGAUGUUGUACUUUUCACUGAAAUGAUUGUAUCGUCGACUGUUGUAAAUGUCACGAAUCAGAGGCUCCAGUUCAUUCUGGGAAGCCCAGAAGAUAAAACAGUAGUACAAAUUGGAGGAUCAAAUCCGGAGGAAAUAGCCGAGAGCGUUAAAAUAUUACAGAAAAUGGGCUGGAGACGCUUUAAUCUUAACUGUGGAUGUCCCUCAGAUAGAGUGCAGUCUGGUAAAUUUGGUGCCAUUCUGAUGCUGGAAAAGGAAAGAGUGGCUGAGAUAGUCAAUGCAGUUCAUAACAACACUGGGGCAGUUUUAUCAUUGAAGAUUCGUACGGGCGUCGAUGAGAAUGAUUCUUUUGAAUUCUUCAAGGAUUUUAUAAGGUAUAUAUCUGAGAAUACACCCUGCUUUAGGUUCUAUGUGCAUGCCAGAAAGUGCUGGCUGCACGGACUCAAUCCAAAACAGAAUAGAAACGUCCCGCCACUGGCAUACCAAUAUGUUUACGAUAUUAAAGCCCUCUUCCCCCAUCUUUUUAUAAGUUUGAAUGGAGGAAUAAGGGAAGAUGGAAUGGAAAUAGUGCGGAACUUAGAUGGGAUAAUGAUUGGCAGACAUGCCUGGGAUAAUGUUAGAAUAUUUGUGCAAAUGUGCAGCGCUAACAUUAAUAUGAAGCAAGUUGUAAAAGAAUAUAUUGAAGAGGCAUCAAAACUCGAGCCACCAAAGUACCGUUUGAUGAUGCCUUUGAUAAACUAUCGGAAGGGAAGAUCUCUUAACAAGGUAUUUAAGCAGAUUGUUAAUAAUAUAAUACAGAAUGAUACUCCAUAUUCGGAGAUCUACUCAAAACUAGAACCUUACAUUGACUAG